ACCGCUCACACCUGCUAAACACACACGCGCACACUCUGUUUGUCCGCGCCUCUGUGGGCGUGGCCACUUCGUUUGCUUUAGUUAACGUCUGAAGUUGGAGACACACACACAGCAACUUGUGCGGCUGCUCGUCUGAUGGACGCAGCGGGGAAAUAAGCUUCUUGCGAGUCCCUCUGAAGACUUCUGGAUGCUGAGCAUGCUUCUUUUGCUCACGUGGAUUCCAGUUAGUGGACGCCAUUGAAAGACGAUGGAAUAAGUCUGUGGAUCUUUGAGCUCAGAGAUGGCUACAGAGGACAGCGGCGCUUUGGACCUGAGCCACCUGACAGAAGCUGAGCAGGCUACAAUCCUGCAGGUCUUGCAGCGAGACUUGGAAUUGCGUCGUCAUGAUGAGGGACGCAUAAGGAGGCUCCUUCAGCGAGAGACUGACUUCAAACAGCUGCAGACUCUGUCGGGUGCCUGGUUCAACGAGGAGCGCAACAGGCGUCACCUGACCAGAAUGUCCGGGAGCGACCUGGUCUACGCCACCAUUAGACACCACAAGAGGACCCGGAGCAAAGUAACCGAUGUGCCACUAGCUUCGCUGUUCGAUGCAGAGCGAGCCGUGACCACCCACCACAAAGACACCACCUUGGAGGCUGACAACAGAUUGUGUGAGAACAAGUUGGAGAUUGAAAAUUGCCAGGGAAGUUCAAAAUCUGCACCUACCAGAAGGAAAAAUCCUGUGGAGCAGCGUCUCCAACAUCUUUAUCUUUCCACCUCGCCACCAGACUGCGACGUGCUGACAAACGGCCACUCAGAAGAAUCAGAGGAGGAUUUGGACGGACAGGAUCAUGACAAAGACUCUUUGAAAGACACUGAAACAGCCUAUCUGAAACUCAGCAGCUCAUCGGGCAGCCUGCACUCUAACUACACGCUUAAUGGCAGCAUGAUGAGUCUGUUCAGCUCGGGGGUUUUUGGAGCGGUGGACGUGCAGGGCCGCAUGCAGUUCUCAUUGGUCUACGACACCCAGAAGGAGGAGCUGGCGGUGCGGAUCUAUAGGUGCGAGGGCAUCGCCUCGGGAGGGAAGAGCCAUGUGGACGCGUACGUCAAAACCUAUCUCCUGCCGGACAAGUCCCGGAAGAGUAAAAGGAAAACAGUGGUGAAGAAGAAGACGGAAAAUCCUGUCUAUGAUCAAACACUCAAAUAUAAGGUGAGGAGCUGCGAGCUAAGGAGUCGGACCUUGAACAUGUCGGUGUGGCACUCGGAGCCGCUUGGGAGCAACGUGUUUUUAGGCGAGGUGGAGGUGCCUCUGGGUUUGUGGGACUGGACCUGCACGGAGCCUCUCUGGCAGGAGCUGCAGCCUCGGUUCCAGUUGAAUCCAGAGACCAUGAGCCAUCGCGGGACCCUCAUGUUUUCAGUGAAGUUCGUCCCAGAAGGACACGAGGGUGGGGGUCUACCGCUGAGUGGGGAGCUGCACAUCUGGCUCCGGGAGGCUCAGGGUCUCCUGUCCACCAAGGGAGGGGCGAUGGACUCUUAUGUUAAAAGCUACAUCCUCCCAGACGCCAGUUGUCAGAGCGGUCAGAAGACGCGGGUAGUGAAGCGCUCUGUCAGCCCGUCUUAUAACCACACCAUGGUCUACGAUGGAUUCCAGCCUGGCGACCUGAGAGAGGCAUGUGCCGAACUCACCGUGUGGCAUCGCGACGGCACCAAGACCCUGGUGUUGGGAGGAAUCCGCCUCAGCAGUGGAACUGGUCUCAGUUAUGGAGAAACGGUCAGCUGGAUGGACUCUACAGAGGAAGAGAUCUCGGUUUGGACUGCAGUGAUCAACAACCCAAACACCUGGGUGGACACUUCCCUUCCCAUCAGAGCAAACCUCACACACAGAUCCGUGUGACUCAAACACACACACACACACACACACACACGGCUCACAUAACAUGCACAUCCCUGCACAUGACAAGACUUUAUUUAACUCUUUUACUUUUUUUUUAAUAGGCCUUUACUGGUCCAAUAGUGUGUAUAAGUCAAGUAAACGUAGAAAUGCAAUUUAAAAAAAAGUGUUCUUACAUAAAUCCCUUGAUGUUUGUGUGAUAUAGUUGUGUUGGAGUUAAUGUAUUAAAUGACACUGAAAAGAAAACGAAUGUUACAUUCUAAGUUUUAUUUAUUGUACAAAUUAUGCUGCUCCAUAACAUGGGCUGCGGAUGGUCUCGCUAACCUCUGAUAGGUCCUGUAUGAUGAUGUGAUUUAAAAGCAAAAAAAAAAGAUCACUUUGUGAUUGUGUU